AUGCUCAGUCGGAACAUCUCCAUCAUACUGGAGAAUCUGUUGAAGCGCUAUGAACAGUCGCAGCUGCCCACCCAUGGACAGGGUUUACCGACAGUGGUGCGCACCAAUAUAUUGAUCCGCAGCAUGGGUCCAGUCUCUGAGCUCGACAUGGACUACUCGAUGGACUGUUACUUUCGACAAUAUUGGCGCGACAAGCGGCUCAGCUUUAAAGGGCCCAUCAAGAGCCUGUCCCUAAGCAUCAAAAUGCUAGACAAGAUUUGGCGGCCAGACACAUACUUUUACAACGGCAAGCACUCACAUAUUCACACAAUUACUGUACCCAACAAACUACUGAGAUUGGAUCAGGAUGGUGGCAUUUUGUACUCUAUGCGCCUCACCAUCAAAGCGACAUGCCCCAUGGAGUUGAAAAACUUUCCCAUGGAUCGGCAAUCUUGUCCCUUAAUUAUAGGAAGUUAUGGUUACACAAAUCGGCAACUAGUGUACGAGUGGAAGAAUCACGACGAUGCUGUAUCCUUUGUGCCAGGCAUGACCUUAAACCAGUUCGACCUCAUUAGCAUGAUGCAUCGAAACUUUACAUUCACUCGACGUGAAGGCGACUUUUCCGUGUUGCACGUGGCCUUCAAUCUCAAACGACACACAGGAUACUUUCUCAUACAGGUGUAUGUGCCUUGUAUUUUGAUUGUCGUGCUCUCUUGGGUCUCUUUCUGGAUACAUCGUGAGGCGACCAGCGAUCGCGUUGGCCUUUGUGUUACGGCCGUCCUAACGCUAUCGACGAUCAGUCUGGACUCGCGCACCGAUCUGCCCAAAGUCAAGUAUGCCACAGCCCUGGACUGGUUUCUGCUGAUGAGCUUUCUUUACUGCAUUGCCACCUUGCUGGAGUUUGCGGGCGUACAUUAUUUCACGAAGCUGGGCAGUGGCGAAAUACCACUGGAGGAUGAAUGGGAGGAUAUAGGCGUGGCUAGCGCUGGCAACGACAAUAGGGCAGAGACAAGAUCCGGGCAAUGCGUGCACAACGAGGAUGACGAGGUCGAGGAGGAUGAGGAGGACGAUGAGGACGAGGACGACGAUGAUGAUGAGGGCUGUGACGAGCCCGUCGAUUCCGAGAGCGAUAUUUGCGUGUAUGCCGAGCACAGCUGCCCCACCGGUGGCCCCACCCUUCGCAAAUGUAAUGCUCUCGUCUGCCCAAUCUAUAAUGUUAAUGUUGCAGCAGCUGCUCUCAACUCGAUGUCCCGUUUGCACGAUCCCGUUCAUAUGCUGCCAGGACCUUCGUCGUCGCACGCUUCGACCAUUGAGCGCACCACCCAAACCGAACCACCGACCGUUUCGCGUGCCCGCCAGAUGUGGCUCUGCCUCAAGGGGGAUGACAAGUUUCGCAAGCAGCGUGAAAGAGACGCGGCCGCCGAGAAAAGCGGUCGCAGCUACGUCAAUAGCGUCUCCCUAAUCGAUCGGGUGGCUCGCAUCGCUUUCCCCAUGUCCUUUGCUCUCUUCAAUCUACUCUACUGGCUCGCCUACGGCAUGUACAAGAAGGAGUUCUCUUGGUCAACAAUCAAGGCCUAAGCCUAA